CUCUGACCUGCCAGGAAGCAGAGUCUCCCAGAGACCGGGCAGAGGGAACCAGACCUGACCUCCAGAAGACGGCAGACAAGAACAAGAAUCGCAGCUGGAUGAGCAGUCCUUCAGCCUUCACCCCCCUCAGUCUUCCUUAACAUCUCUUUUGGGCCAAAGCCCCCAGAAUUCACCUGGAGGUGCCACCUCUAUUUCAAUCCCUGGGGCUCAAGCCCCCCUGGGGGAUCUGCAUCCCAGCAUGUCUAUAGCUGUGGAGACCUUUGGCUUCUUCAUGUCAGCCCUGGGAUUGCUGAUGCUGGGGGUGACCCUUCCAAACAGCUACUGGAGAGUGUCCACCGUCCACGGGAACGUCAUCACCACCAACACCAUCUUUGAGAACCUAUGGUACAGCUGUGCCACCGAUUCCCUGGGAGUCUCCAACUGCUGGGACUUUCCGUCCAUGCUGGCCCUCUCUGGGUAUGUCCAGGGCUGCCGAGCUCUCAUGAUCACCGCCAUCCUCCUGGGCUUCCUGGGCCUCUUUCUAGGCAUGGUGGGGCUCCGCUGCACCAGUGUUGGCAACAUCGAUGUCUCCAGGAAGGCCAAGCUGCUGGCCAUUGCAGGGGCCCUCCACAUACUUGCUGGAGCCUGUGGGAUGGUGGCUAUCUCAUGGUACGCCGUCAACAUCACUACCAACUUCUUUGACCCCCUGUAUGCUGGAACCAAGUAUGAACUGGGUUCUGCUCUCUACUUGGGCUGGAGCGCCUCCCUGCUCUCCAUCCUGGGCGGCAUCUGUAUGUUCUCCACCUGCUGCUGUGCCUCCAAGGAAGACCCAGCCACCAGGGCUGGGCUUCCCUACAAGCCUUCUACAGUUGUGAUACCCCGAGCCACCUCGGAUGGAAGUGACAUCAGCUUUGGUAAAUAUGGCAAAAAUGCCUAUGUGUAGGAGCUCUGGCCUGGUAGCCACCGUCCCACUGUCUCCAGGACCUGCGGGCAGCCCAGUCUCCAGUUAAUAACCUCAGGAUGGGCCAGAUUUCCAGGCCUUUCUAUUUUCUAUGCCUGGAGGCCACUACGCACUCUGGGCACACCUUAUCAGACACUCCAGCCUCUCCCAGGAACAGAAGCUUCGGGGGCAAAUUGCAUGUCCUCCUACAGCUGGACUCAAGGGGACAGAGGUGUCUACAGCAUGUGACUCCGUAUUAAUAUGUACAUAAAUAAAUGUAUAUUGUGAUCGUUCAGGGGCUUCAGGGGGUCAUUUUCAAGCCAUAGACUGUCAAGUCUGCCCACUUUGGGGCUGUCUCAUAUAGUAAAAUAGUGUGCCAGGGAGAUGGCUCAGUGAGUUAAGAGUGUUUGCUACACAAGUAUGAGGACCUGAGUUCAAAUCCCAGUACCUGUGUAAAAAGUGGGCCAUGGAUGCACACACUGCUGCAACCCAAGCGCUACCAGGGAGGUGCUCUGAGGCUUACUGGCUUCCAGCCUAGCUCCAGGUUUGAUGUGAGGCCCAGUCUCAAGGGGAAGAGGUGGACAUGAUGGAGCAGGGCACUGGAAGCCCCUGUCUGACCUCGCAGGCACACAGACUUGUGCAUGGACGACAUACACACACACACACACAUUCUCACAAAAGGAUUUGAAAAGGGGAAUCGCUAACAACUGCUCAGAGUCACCCACCUUCAGGGGACUGUUGACAGCUGUGAUGCUCCUGGCCUGCUGAAGGUUCCUGUCUGUUGGCUCGUGACCUAUUUUCUCACAGCCUCACCAAGGGGCAGUUGAUCUAGAAGGGGCAUUGGUGUGUACGUGUGUGUUUGAAGUUGAUUUGGGAUUUAAAAUAAAGAUAUUUUAAAAGA